GGCAAAGUUGAAUAGAGAACAUGAUAUGUAGAAGGGGCAACAUCGCUUCGUACACACCAAACAAUGUUGUUGACGAAAAUUAAAGAAUAAACGAACACGAAAAAAAAAAUGAAAUAAAAUAACAGAAUAAAAAUGUUGGAUUUUUUCCUCUUCUUAUUCCAAUUUGAGUCUACGUUUGUGUGUGGAAAUGUUUAAACAACAUACUGUGUAGCAUGUAAUAAUGACAAAUACUUGUAGUUUUAUCCUGUCGGUCGUGAACAUAGCACGCGUCUUCAUUCGUAUGCGGGGGAAAUUUCUCAAUUGUGUAUUAAAUAAUAUCAAAAUCAAUCAAAUUUAACACACACACAUUAAAGUUGCAAUAUAAUUAAUGGAAAGAAAAAAAUAUAAUAAAAUAAGAAAAAAAUAUAAUAAAAAUAAUUAUUAGCUAAAAUAUAGCUUUGAGUUUUUAUAAAUUAAAAACCAAGUUUGUAGCUGUGUCUUUCUUAUAUUAAAAAAAUUCUUAAAUAUGUUUGCAACCAUAAAACAUAUUACUGUGUUUGCUGUUUGUUGUUUAUGCACAAAAAAAGUGUGUUGAUGUAAAAACAAAUGAUAAUUGUAAUGAUUCGAAGGAUGCAGCUGAGGUUGUGUGUGUAUAUGUGUAUGUGUAUGUGGAAUCUCUAGAAAUACAUAAAUUAUAGCAUACUCUAAGGCGCCGUAUACUUUAUACAUUCAUAUAAAAUGCACAUAAUAAGCAUAAGUGUGAAAAGGAGUGUGUGGUUACAGUGAGGUUGGAUGCAUUCAUGUGUUUUAUGUUGAACGAACAAAUAAUUUCUUUAAAAGUGAAAAAGGCCAGAAAUACCUAAGCAACAACAUUAAAACCUUACAAGGUGAAACCAUUGUCUCAUGUGUAUUAAAGAAAAAAUAUAUAAUAAUAGCUAUAAAAAUCUGAAAAAAUAAAAGAAAUAUAUUCAGCAUACAUAAUUUUUUUAGAAAGAAAAAAUUCUUUUGUUAAAUAGUGAAAAAAUAUGUACAUCGCGUUGCAGCAAAACGAAAUUUAAAAUAAAAUACAUACUUAACUAGAAAACGAGAAAAAAAUUAAAUAAAAUUAAGAAAAAUUAUACCGCUAUGCCGUGGUUAUUUUAGUUAACUGUGGCAAUGUAAAGCUAUAUGAAGAAUGUGAAUUAUUCUAGAUAAAUGUAAACUAAACUAAAUAGAUAAAAAGUAAAACAACAAUCUUCAAGCCAUCUUCACUACGCUAUCACCUCCAAAACGUGGCUGCUGAUGUUACCAAGAUAUGUAUGUGUAUGUAUAGAAAAAUGUAAUAUAGAACACAACUAGAAACGUACCAACAAAACCAUUCUAUAAAAUAAAAGUGAAUUCAGCAAUGUUGCUAAGAGUUCCAUUUAAAGAUUAAAAAUACAAUACUGAAAGGAACAAGGGGAAUUUUAACGUUGGUUAGUGUUAUUGUAAUAUUAGACCCAUGAGAGUAUUUAGCAAGCAAAUCAAAUACAAAGGAAGUGAAAAAAGACCGAAAACCAAGGCCAAGAAAAACAAUCCAACCUCAACGAUACUGGACAGUUAAGUAACAACGACAACGCGAACAAAAUAACCUAAAAUGGAAAUGAUACAUUAAAAUCCAUUGUUACCGGUGGUACUAAUUUGACAAAAAAAAAAAAAAAAAACUUUAAAUGUUAGUUGGCACUUUAUAGUUUACGGUUAUUACUUUUUGUUGUUGCCAUAUUAGAAAACCACCCUUCAAUAUAAAAAAUAAUAAACAUAGACUAAAUUGAAUAUCUUUGUAACUUUUUACUUUAAAAGUGAGAAAAAUAAAUUAAACAAAACAAAAUUUGUUGCUCCUACUUUGGCACUUUUCUUGUGCUAUGAAGUGCCCGAUGUCUGGCAUUUGUAUACGUGUGAGAGAUUGUUGUGUUCAAAUAAGCCAAGAAAUGUUACGAAUUUUAAUUUGUUAAUUCAAUUUCUAACUAAAGUGUUUAUUAGUGUAGAAAAAUUAUAGAGAACCACCACCAACAAGAAACCAACAUCAAAAUGUAUCAAAAGCAAGAAGAACCACGUCGACUAAUAUCGUCAACUUUGGCAUUGAGAUUGUCUUAUUCAGAACCGCAGCCACAAGAACAAUAUCGCCAAGACCCGAAACAUCAUCACAAACAUUACCACCAGCAUCGCCACAGCUACCACCACCAUCAUCACAGCAGUCAACAUCAUCAUCAGAAAUAUAAGGCGAGACAUUAUUUUUCUCGUUGCGGAUUAAUUUUCUUAAUUUUUUUCUCUGUGAUUAAAGAGUCCUUGACAACAACAUAUUCAACGCCAUAUUUGUCAUCGUUAGACGUUACAACAACAGCGUCAUCGACAAAUUUGUUGCCAUAUUUUGACUUUGAUGUCCCGCGCAAUAUUACAGUGACGGUGGGUCAGACGGGUUUCUUACAUUGUCGCGUGGAGAGGUUAGGAGACAAAGAUGUUUCAUGGAUUAGAAAACGAGACUUACAUAUCCUUACAGCGGGUUCCACAACGUACACCUCAGAUCAACGAUUUCAGGUUUUGCGUCCCGAAAGUUCCGGCAAUUGGACCUUGCAAAUAAAAUACCCACAGCCCAGAGAUUCUGGCAUUUACGAAUGUCAAAUUAAUACCGAACCAAAAAUGUCACUGUCUUAUACAUUUAAUGUAGUAGAGGUGGAUCAUGCAUUGAGGAAUCCUUUUGCAUCAUGAGCGUAAAAGUUCUGAAAGGUCUAUGGGGGA